GUAUCUUUGCUGUCUGUGCCAUUCAUUUGGAGCGCAGCCGCACAUAAGGCGCACCGGUACGUGAGAUAAAGGGCACAGACAGUCGGUCAGUCACUCAUCCCGACAAGAGAGCAGAAGUUAGUGGGCCUCCUGGUACGCGCACACACCCAGACGAAAGCACAGCUUGGACAUUUGGACAAUUUUGACGCACAACCAACAGGACAGGAAUACACUUGAACCUGAGACUAUAAACAACUCUGCAACUCAAGAUGGAACGCAAAAUCCCUGACUUCGCCGGUACUUGGGUGAUGAAGAGUUCUGAAAACUUUGAGGAACUCCUGAAAGUGUUGGGUGUAAACAUAAUGCUGCGUAAGAUUGCAGUGACGGCUGCCUCCAAGCCACUGGUGGAAAUCACACAGGAUGGAGAGACACUGUCCAUUAAAACCUCCACCUCAGUCAGGACCACCCACAUCACCUUCACUGUGGGGCAGGAGUUCAAUGAGUCCACAGUAGACGGGCGUCCCUGCACGAGUUUUCCACGUUGGGAGACGGACAGUAAAAUCUGCUGUGAGCAAACUCUGCAGAAAGGGGAGGGGCCUAAGACAUCCUGGACCCGUGAGAUAACCAAUGAUGGAAAACUGAUCCUGACCAUGAGGGCGGAUGAUGUGAUAUGCACCAGAGUCUACGAGCGACAAUGAAUAAGAGCACUUCUCACUUUUCGUCCUUCCAUCCCCUCUGUCCUCCAUCACGGCUUACACCACUUACCCCUUGUCAAGUCUAGUUUUAUUCCAGUAUUUCUGUUAGUUUCAACAUGUAACAAGUAAUUGUACCUAGUAUGUCACAUAUCUACAUCGUGGUCUUAGCUCUCAUUUACCAGUCUUCCCUUCCAACUCCAUCAAACAUGACCAGCUGGGCUUUUAAAAGAAAAUGUAUGUUUCAUUGUAUGAAUUUGGCAUUGAAUGUAUGUGUGUGCUGUUAGUUUUGAUGUGUGUGUGCAUUUGUGUGUCCCUGUGUGGGACUAUAUUUGUAGAUGUGUAAACCAAUCUAUGAGCUCUUCCAGUUUCAGGUCAGUUUUGAUGCGUCCAUGUUUCUUUAGUCCUGCUCCACAACUUUAAUUUUUUCUAUCUCAUGACGACGUUUUAUAUUUAUUACUACACUAGAGUCUGUAACAGUACUGCUAUGGUUUUUGCUUUCACUUUUUUUCCUUUUAUAUAAAAUGUGAUCAUAGGAAACAAUACUUUCUAUGGGAAAACAAUAAAGCACGAUAUUAACUCAA